CUGGUCUGCACCAACUCAGGUUGUGAGGAGGACGAGCGACAGAUGACCACGCGCGCCUGAUAACACGUCAUUGAAAGGAGGAAGAGUCGAAGUUAAUGUUCCAUUCGGGAGAAUUUCCAUCAAUAUGAGGGCAGCUGAUUCAGGAUAGAACACGAUUGCUAAAAGGGCAAUAACCAUUUUGGAGCGUUUGGCAACGUACGGCGUCCAAUACCUUUACGCACGGCAUUGUUUGCUAUGGCACCGCUUUUGGACAGACGCGCUCCCGCUCUGCUCUUGAUUUGGAGUUACUGCGUCGUGGCCGACACGGCUUUUACAAACUUUUCCGUGGACAACGAGUUCCACUCCAGCUUCAUCCACCGCCGACUGAGGAGCCAGGAGCGCAGGGAGAUGCAGCGGGAGAUCCUAUCCAUCCUGGGGCUGCCUCACCGGCCGCGACCCCACCUCCACGGCAAGCACAACUCUGCCCCAAUGUUCAUGUUGGACCUGUACAACGCCAUGUCCACGGAGGGAGACGAGGACAGGUACUCAUAUCCCUACAAGCCCAUCUUCACCACGCAGGCACCCCCCAUCGCCAGCCUGCAAGACAACAACUUCCUGAAUGAUGCAGACAUGGUCAUGAGCUUUGUUAAUCUAGUGGAGCAUGACAAGGAAUUCCUGCCAGUGCGGCGGCAUCAUCGAGAAUUCCGAUUUGACCUGUCCCAGAUUCCUGAGGGCGAGGCGGUCACUGCUGCUGAGUUUCGUAUUUAUAAAGACUUCAUUCAUGAACGUUUUGAUAAUGAAACUUUUCGCAUCAGCAUCUACCAAGUGCUGGAGGAACAUUCUGACAGAGAGUCUGACCUUUUUCUCCUGGACUCACGAGUCAUCUGGGCCGCAGAGGAGGGCUGGCUGGUUUUCGAUGUGACGGCCACCAGCAACCACUGGGUCCUCAACCCAGGAAGAAAUCUGGGUCUCCAGUUGGCUCUGGAGGGCACAAACAGAGACAGUAUAAACCCUCGUGCGGCAGGACUGAUAGGUCGGAGUGGGCCGCAGAACAAACAGCCAUUCAUGGUGGCCUUCUUCAAAGCCACCGAGGUGCACCUGCGAAGCAUUCGAUCAGCACAAGGAGGUGCCAAGCAGCGUAACCCCAAUCGCUCCAAAGGGGCCAAGAGCCAAGAGGCCCUGCGAGUGGCCAAUAUUGCAGAGAACAGCAGCACUGAUCAGAAGCAGGCGUGCAAGAAGCACGAGUUGUACGUCAGCUUCCGAGAUCUCGGGUGGCAGGACUGGAUCAUCGCCCCUGAAGGAUACGCAGCGUACUACUGUGAGGGAGAGUGCGCCUUCCCACUCAACUCCUAUAUGAACGCCACAAACCACGCCAUUGUGCAAACACUCGUUCACUUCAUCAACCCGGACACGGUUCCAAAGCCUUGUUGUGCUCCCACGCAGCUCCACGCCAUCUCAGUGCUCUACUUUGACGACAGCUCCAAUGUCAUCCUCAAAAAGUACCGCAACAUGGUUGUCAGAGCCUGCGGCUGCCACUAGACGCUGGUCACCUUGUCACAUACUGGCACACACAGACACAGACACACACACACACACACACAUUCACAAACCUGACAACUUUUAGCACAAGCAAAUGCGGUCCAAGACAAUUUCCUGUGUGCAAAAAGCCCUUGCUUCUUCUUCAGGGUUGUUUCCAAGUAAACAGUGUUGUGUGGCUGAAAUGUAAUUUUAGAUUACACAAACACACGCACACAGACACAUAUGCACGCAUGCACACACGCACACAUUUGUGCUUUCUACUGUGUAUACAAGACAUUUUAAGCCGUGUAUUCGUUCUCCAUCAACAAUCUUGUUUAUUUUCAGUUGUGUUACUUCCUUCUUUUGCUGUAGAUGUCUAUUUCUUACGAGAGAACCUGGAUGCAAGUUAGGACUUAAUGAACUGUAUAAAUAAUAUGUAAAUAAUGUUGUCAAACCAAGCAAAAACUGUAUUUAUUUCCUGAGAUGUCAGUCAGGUUUGUUUGUUUGUGACGCUGACUGCUUUCUUUCCGACAAAAAGAACUUUAAGGGAAAAAUAAAGUCUCGGAUGUAUCUUGUCUGAUGUCAGCUGAGCUUGACUCCAGCUCACCCACGACCCUAAUGAGGACAAGCAGUAUCGAAAAUGCCUGGAGGCAUAAACAUACAAUGACUCUGACUUGAAUAUCCGCACACUUGUCAUGGAAGUGGUGACUUAUUUAAUCAGUGGAAGCUGCUACAUAAACUUGAAAGAUGUUUUCACAAAAUGUCUGAAGGAGGAGGGGGAACGGCGUGGAGUGGGGGUUGUGCGAGCAGCGUUUUGUGCCACUGACAUGUUCAGGUUCUCUGCUGUAAUAAAAGCUGUCAUAUUCAA